AUGGCAUCCCCAUUGCCGUCAGCGACGGCGAGCAGGGAAUCUUCGCCGCCGCCCCAUGCAGAGCAGGACCUCGGUAAACCAGCGACUUGGAAAGAAGCAAGCAGCUCGAGCGAUGCCUUGACACCGCACUAUUGGAAGGGCAAGGGCAAAUCCACCGACGGCGACGUCGAGGGCUCCGACACAGCACUCAGCGACGACCCUGCGGUAUCAGACAGUAGUGCCAAUGGUCCUUACCCUCCCAUUCCUGAUGAAGAGGCAGAGUCUCGUCGCAUACAAGAGACGCUGCAACGAUGGGAGAUUGCUGAAAGGCAGAGGCGGAAGGCAGCGAGGGAAUCAACGCAAGCACCGGCGGCUCCUUCACUCAUGGGCGAUGUUACUCGUCGUGCAAGUCUGCUCUGGUCGGGCAGAAAGCCCCGGCCAGCGGAAGCAAACGAAGGGCUGGGGAAACAUGCAGUGCUCAAUUCACGCGAAUCCAUAGAUGUUCCCUUGGAUGACAUUGCGACCGCCUCAAGCCCUGCCCCGUCGCCCACGCCGACGGCAGCCACAUCGCCUUUUGCGGAUGCCCAGGCCCAAGUUCGGAAUCCGUUCAUGGCGUCGUCAGAAUAUUUGGAGUCGCCAGUUCCUCCAAGCCAACAGGAGAUGGGUGCAUUAAUGGUAGCAUCGGAUACCGGUACCCUUUCCCCUCUGUCCCACUCUAAGCCACCACCACCGAAACCGAUCAAUAUUCCUCCUCCACGUACCCCGCCUCCACGCGUCGACUCGCCGCCGAGACUUGCCGAUGCACCACCCGUAUCCUCUCAGAAAGACACGAAUGCUGCUUCUAAAGAUUCGAGAUGGUGGCACGACUGGUUGUGCGGCUGCUCAGAAGGACCAGACCGAGGUGGAGAUUAUCAGGCUGGCCGGACAAACCCUUUCGAAUAG